UUUGUAGCAUGCCCCAUAUUUUUCCCCAUUAGUUCCUUGACUAUAAUUAAAUUACACAUAGAAUUCCUGGAUGUUUAGUAAUGAGCAGGAAACACCUACAUGUACAUUGUCAUAUGGGCACAGGAUACCAGGAACAAAGGCAAGCCUUUACAUUUACCUGAAUCACCACUUCAAUCCUAUGACUCAUCACUGGCAUGACUUUGCACUAGAUCACACCUGUCUCACUACAAUAAUGGUAUGUGCCAUCAGUGCACACCUGGAUGCCUGCUGCCCAUGGACCAGUCCAUUUUACAGUAGGGUUGCAUGUGGAUGUGUGUCACAAGGUUUAAGUGUUGACUGGUUGUAUGUAAAUUUAGCCGGUUACAGAAAGGUUUUUACUGGAAUCCUCCCUUGAAAUACAUGUGUGUGUGUACUUUAUCUUGGACGAUAUGGAUUCAGUCAGAUAUCACAUUCCACAAAAACUGCCAUUAUUUGGUGUGUGAAAAAAAACAAAAUGUGUAAUUGACAUGUUAUCAGUAUGUGUAGAUCCAUAUUUGAAUUGGGUACAUGCACAGUCAACAUAUUGCAGUUUCAAUAUAUAGCCAGGGAAUUCUGUCAACAUUCCUAUGGAAAAUGAAAGUUUUUAUUGGAGAUGUGUGGUUAAUUGGAGACAUUAGUCACUUCUGCAAAGAGAUGUCCUUUGAGUUUUUGCAUGUUGCUCCAUGCUGGGCCCAUUCAAAUUGAGUGAAUAGGAUAAGAGCCCAUUUCCCCAGCAGGAAGCCCCUCGCAUAAAAAUCAAAUCACUGACACAAAGAAGGGUUGAAAUUGAAUUAACCCACAUUCACACAUGCGUUGAUGAAUUGAAUGUAAUUCUCAAUGAGGUUGCACAUUCCAGGAAUAAAAACGUGGUUCUUCUAUCCUCCCUCUAUGGUCCGAUUAUUGUAUUAAGCCAUAUUAGUUUGUUGAAACAAACAUUUAAAUUGAUUCUCCCUCUUUUGGUAGUUUAUUCCAAGAAGUGAAGUUAUAUUACCACAUUCUUUAUUACAUUGGUGCGUAGAACCCUUUUUGUUUUAGUCGGUCCCACACUCUGUUUCUCUGCGAGGUGUUAAGUACCACCUGUUCCAAGUCCCUUCUGCGGCCGAACAGCACCCGCCGGGAUCAGCUUGCAUCAAUUUCCGGUUGCCCAACGUCAUGCCGUUUUGUGAAGGAGAAAAAAAAGGUUCUCCACUGACUCCUGUGUUUUUGGAGGCAUGUUGCCACACGUUAUUUCUAAAUUAAUUUCAUGAGAUUGAUCAUGAAUAUCCAGUGGGCGUUUGGUUUUGGAAUGAGGAUGUUUCAGGGAAAAGAAAAGUGAUUCUCAAAUUUAUUUGUAACUUGUCUGGUCACGACCCUAUGAAUUAAAGUGUUCUCCUGUAGUGUUUGGAGGUACUUCUUCUGGGAAGUUAGGGGAUGGAUGAGGGGUCUUGAAUUAUAUCAGCAAUUUGUAAAUUCUUUCUGUUUCUUUGUUCUUGCCCAUAAGGCCUAUUUCUUCUUAAAUCACGACCACGUUCCACAAAACGGGCCUCAAGCGUAUUGCUUUUUAUUCUGUGUAUUUUAGAGGCAAUGAUUAUUCUUCUUUCUUUACUUUGAUAACCCCUGCAUACAUAUGACUCUCUCUUGAUCCCGACACGAGGGACCUUGGUCCUUUAAGUGGUGGGAAAUGGCUGGGGAAGGGUGGCCUUCUGUUUUGUUGUUGUCUUUAGUUUGAACAGUUGAGGAGUACGAAACAAAUUCAGUACAAAUGGAUACCAGAUUCAGUUUUCAAGAUGGCUUGGACCAGUCGGGUUGACACUGUUCCUUCUCUGCAAACAUUGCUCCAAGACGAAGACGAAGAUUCAAGUUCAGAUGUCUCGGUGGCGUCUGAACAAAGUGGCGAAGACAUGCCGCCACAAUCAGACAGUAGCUAUGACAGCAAUGAAGACACGGACGAUGAGGAAAGUGAGGAGUCCUCAAGCAGUGAGAGCGAUUCUGCAGCAAGAGGGCCAGCAGCCGGACGAACGUGGGGAGCCGCACAAGGAGAAGCAGUUGGACGAGGGCAACUGCAAGCGGCGCAACCUUCGCCAGCAUUCAUCAAAUCUCCCUCCGGAGAAAUUUGGAUGACGGAUGCACCCCAGGCGAACGUCGUGACAGAGAGGCCGGGACCACGAAACCUUGGCGGAGCAUCUUCCAUCCUCCAGCUUUUUCACCUUUUCAUCAGUACGGCCAUGAUGGACGCCAUCCUGCUCCACACAAAUGAAGAAGGCCGGCGGCAGCGUGGGAAUGCGUGGAAGGACUUGGUCCCAAUGGAACUGUCAUCCGCCGUCGGCCUACUGCUCUUCCUCGGACUGACCAAGUCGGGACGUGAAAACGUUCGUUCAAUUUGGAGGAAAGGUCCCUUUGCCCGAAAUCUCUGCAUUGCAACGAUGUCCGGCAUGAGAUUUCAGGACAUACUUGCGAUGCUCAGAUUCGACGACAAAGCAACUGGAUGUCAGCGCCGACAGAAUGACAUGUUCGCGCCAAUCCGUGAGAUCUUUGACCAGUUUGCCGCCUCCUGCCGGCGAUACUACAGCGCCGGGGAGUGCGUGACAGUGGGUGAACAGCUAGUGCCAUUUCGUGGACGAUGUCCAUUCUGGCAGUGCAGGCCCCAAAAGCCCGUGAAAUAUGGCAUCAAGUUUUGGCUGUGUGUGGACAUUGACACCCAUUACACACUGAAUAUAAUGCCAUACCUUGGAAAAGCAGGGGAUUAACCGACCCCUAACCUCGGCGGCCAAGUAGUGAAGAAACUGAUGGAACCACUGUUCAACACGGGAAGAAAUGUCACAUGUGAUAGUUUCUUCACUGGAUCGGAAGUGGCCCAAGAAUUGCUACAAAAAGGCAUCACUCUGGUUGGAAUGAUCAAGCCGAAUCGGCGCGAAGUGCCCAAGGAAAUCCGCCCAAAGGGCAUCAAGAAAAGAGCUGCCAAGUCAUCGGUGUUUCUUUUCAAUAAUGAUCUGACCCUGGUGUCUUACAUCCCUAAGCCGAAGAGGUGUGUUACACUGCUGUCCUCUAUGCACCAUGACAAGAGUGUUGAUAAAACAAACCAAAAACCAGAAAUUAUCAACUUCUAUAACAAGACCAAGGGUAGAGUGGACACUGUAGAUCAAAUGGUGAGUUUGUAUUCGGUGCAGAGAACAACAAAAAGAUGGCCACUGACUGUGUUCUACAAUAUAAUAAAUAUCGCAGCAAUGAACACCUACGUACUGUACUGCCAACUGAACCCAGAUUGGGCCCAGCGACACACCAGACGUGAUUGCUAUGAAGAGCUCAUCAUGGGACUCGUCCGGCCACAAGUUGAGCUACGGGCGGCCAACCCCGUAGGACUGCGCACACAUACCGUCAGUGCCAUUCAGAUGCUUGGCUUCGACGUAGCGAGGAAGAGACAUCAACGCCAGCAGCCUCGAGAUGCCCCACUGCCAGAAAGAGACUGCCACACAUGCCCCUCGCGCGCUCGGGGGGGCAAACGAACGCGGAACGUAUGUGAUUCCUGCUACAGAUACGUCUGCAGGGAACACGCUGCCAAGUACGCAAUAUUUGUAUGUCGUGAAUGCGGAGGCGAAUGAACAUCUGACACUGGAUGGGGACUUUCAGAUAUGCAGUGUUUUCUUUACAUUAAUUUGGUUUCGUUCUCUAGUGCAAUUGCACGAUAGAGUAAAUGGCCCCCAAAUUUCAAAUUCAUAAUUCACGGCCAUUAUUUAGAAAAAUGUUGAUGUACAUUUGUUCGAAAUUUGUGGAACAAAUUUUUAAAAUAACUGAUUUGUUGCAGAAUUUUGGGAGAAAUGGUCUGCUGAAGUGGAAUGAUAAUUUUGAAGUGAGUUUUCCCAAAGUAGGAAAUCCUUUUUGUUUGUUUUUAUUUUAUACAGGUAGGAACUUUGAUUCAAGGAUGAUCAAGUCAGUUACGUUUAUGUAUCUUCUGUCAUGCACGUGACACUAGAAUUCAGAUUUUUAAAAAGAAAUGACUUGACUAUAUCGUAAGGAUGUCAUGACUAAACAUUGUUACUAUACACCAAAUACUGAGUUCUUUUCUGAAUUUUGUCUGAAAUUUGUCUGAAUUUCGCAGCUGUCGGAAAAUCACAAAAUGCAGGCCUGUCCCAUCUUAGGUUCCAGUGUGAUGGACAAGCACUGAUGUACCAGCAGCGUGACGAUGCCUUUUCAAACGUACGGCACAGAUAUGUAAAUUUUUUAUGUUAAAGAGAUACCUCUAGUGGGCGGGCUGUUUCCUCCAAAUUUUUAACAUUUUUUUCUCCCAUUUAUUAAACAAAACAACAACUUUUACAGUCUGGAUAUUAUUCAAAAAUUUACACUUUUCAAUUGUAACUAGUGAAAAUUGAUUUUCACGAACGCUUGAAUUUUGGACUGUUUGAGAUCUGGCAAGAAAAAGCAUCGGUAGGACAUGCUGGAAAGUUCAGUUUCGCAAAUACAAAAAUGAAUUCAAGUAGAUAUUUUGUUGAUGAUACUGUGAUAAGAUACAUUUAUCUCUUUUUCAAACACAAUGGGUAAGGUUAAGUUGUCAGUUUAUGGUCUGUUUUGUGUUUUGGCACUUUGUAACAUGAAUAACUGUAACAUACCAGUAAGUAACCAGGUGUCUGGUAGAUUUCUAGAAAUCUAAAGAAUAAGUUGUGUUACUUUAACUGCGGGGUUCUUAAUCCAGUUAAAAGAACUUUGCAAAGCUUGUUUGUAUUAGUAGACAUUUUGAUUAAAGCUUGUUGUUUUUUUAUGUUUGUCCGCAAUUGUAAUGUGAGUCAUCGAUUGUGUGUAUCUUGUGUAUCCUACUUAAUACAUUUUUAUUGUUCAUAUUUUGUCAUGUAGGCCUAGGUAUGCCUAACUUGCUACGGAGUUGGCGUGAAUUUACAGGAAAAUAAUUACAGCCCAAAGAAACUCAAAAGUACAUGUACAUGAAAAACCUAAUGUGAGUAACCAUGGAUAAGCCCUACUUUACAUUGAUUGAUUUGAGUCUUCACUUUACAUUGAUUUGAUUUGCGUCUACACUUUACAUUGACUUAAUUUCAGUAUUUACUUGAGUUGAUUUGGUUUCAGUCUUAACUUGAUUGAUUUAUUUUACUUGAUUUAUUUUCAGUCUUUACUUGAUUUUCCUUCAUCCUGUUCUUUGAUUUUAUUUCAUCCUUUACUUGGUUGACAAAAUUCUGCCUUUCUGAUUUUCACAUUUCUGUUGUUUGACUUGUACAUACAAUCACCCUCUCAUAGUUUCAUAAUGACUUUUUACUUUGUAAUCCUUUCGUGCUUUAUUUACUGGGUUUUUGUGUUUGAUUGAACAAAGUUUUGAACAGUGUAAAUAGAAAGAAAACUUACCCGUGCAUUUCUUUGUGACAAUGUUUCAGAUAUCACUCUCUUGGUUUUUGUCAUUUCGAAAAGAAAAGGAAGAGCAGUGUGGUUUUGAAGGGGCUUUGGUUGACUAUGAAACAAUAUGAAAUGGUUCAAAGGACGUUCAGACCGAUGUUCGCUAGUCCCUACAGUGGAGUCAAUUUACGACCUCUGAGAAUGACAACAAAACCAUUGUGGCUCCUCAUUCCCCUAUUUUUGCCCCCCCCCCACUCCAACCACAGAACACGCCCCCAAAAAGGACUGAUUCCCUACAAAGUAUACAUGUACUUUGACGUCUGUCUGAGGGCCUGCUGGGUCAACUUCCACAGCUGGUUCAGUUCUUUCUCGGCUGCUUGGAUUGAAAUGAUCAGCGCCUUAUAGGUGGGGCGUCUCCCUCGUUGAAGACGACUAGGUACAUCUGUUGAAGCCUGCCUUGGUGUAUUUCCAUUUGGUUUAUUCAGAAAGGAAUAAUGCAGUGUAUGGGGCUUGCAUUGACCCAGGCGUGGCAGUAUUGUUGAAAGCAGUGGC